UCUUACUAAAUGGCAUCGAAAGCAUAGACCUAUGUUCUAGGAGGUACCAGUUCUAAGAGAGGCAUUCCCCACGAUACCCAUUUCCUGCAACCAAACAGAACCUAAGUAAAGUUGCAUAGGGACCCCGCGCUCAACUUUUAGGAAGGAUUGGAAUUCAAGUAAGCCCUAACCCAUCUGUUGCCGCACUGAAGCUCAACCCAAUCUACCAUUGCCGCUCGGCCCACCGAAGCUCAACCCUGCAACUUCUAUCCUCCUCGCCCAAAGUUCGUUCUCUCCUUGUCGCUCUAGCCAUCCAGGAACCCUAAUCUCUUGUUCUGGGCAGAGGAUACCGGAUCAAGACCUAGUCGUCUCCUUCCCCGCCUCCAAGCUUGCAAGCCCUAGCCAUCUCCUUCCUCUCUCUCGCGUCUGCCUCCGAGUCUCUGCAACCAGUUUUUUGUUGGUGUUUAUUAUCUGCUGUCAAGAUGUCGCGUAAAGGGUUGAUGGAGCAGGACCUUAGUAAGCUUGAUGUGACAAAAUUGCAUCCUCUCUCUCCAGAAGUCAUAUCUCGUCAAGCUACAAUUAAUAUUGGUACAAUUGGUCAUGUGGCACAUGGGAAAUCAACUGUUGUUAAAGCAAUAUCUGGAGUUCAGACUGUUCGUUUCAAAAAUGAAUUGGAGCGUAAUAUCACUAUUAAGCUGGGCUAUGCAAAUGCCAAGAUAUACAAGUGUGAGGAUGAACGAUGCCCUAGACCAAUGUGCUACAAAGCAUAUGGAAGUGGAAAGGAAGAUACCCCCUUGUGUGACGUUCCUGGAUUUGAAAAUGCUAGGAUGAAACUCUUAAGGCAUGUUUCCUUUGUGGACUGCCCGGGUCAUGAUAUUCUUAUGGCCACCAUGCUCAAUGGAGCAGCCAUCAUGGAUGGUGCAUUGCUUUUGAUUGCUGCCAAUGAAAGCUGCCCCCAGCCUCAGACCUCUGAGCAUCUUGCAGCCGUUGAAAUUAUGCGACUCCAACAUAUUAUCAUUCUACAAAAUAAAAUUGAUUUAAUCCAAGAGAGUGUUGCCAUCAACCAGCAUGAUGCAAUCCAGAAGUUUAUCCAGCAAACAAUUGCUGAUGGAGCUCCGGUUGUUCCAAUUUCUGCACAAUUGAAGUAUAAUAUUGACGUAGUGUGCGAAUACCUUGUACAUAAAAUACCAGUUCCAGAAAGAAACUUCGUUGCACCACCCAACAUGAUAGUGAUCCGCUCUUUUGACGUGAAUAAACCUGGUUCUGAGGUAGAGGAGAUAAAGGGUGGUGUUGCAGGUGGAAGUAUUUUGAGCGGUGUGCUGAGGGUAAAUCAGAAGAUUGAAGUUCGGCCUGGGAUCGUUGUGAAAGAUGAGAAUGGAAACAUGAAAUGUACCCCAAUUUAUUCAAGGAUAGUCUCCUUAUUUGCCGAGCAAAACGAGCUUCAGUUUGCAGUUCCAGGAGGUCUUAUUGGAGUAGGUACUACAAUGGAUCCCACCCUGACCCGUGCUGAUCGUCUCGUGGGUCAGGUGCUGGGAGAGGUUGGGUCACUCCCUGAUGUCUUUGUUGAGCUCGAGGUCAACUUCUUCCUCCUCCGCCGCCUUCUUGGUGUGAGGACAAAGGGCACAGAGAAGCAAGGGAAGGUGUCAAAGUUGGCCAAGGCAGAGAUACUCAUGCUAAAUAUAGGUUCCAUGUCGACUGGUGCAAAGGUGUUGGCUGUGAAGAAUGAUUUAGCAAAGCUUCAGCUGACAUCACCUGUUUGCACGAGUAAAGGAGAGAAGGUGGCUUUGAGUAGGCGAAUCGAGAAGCAUUGGCGCCUUAUUGGAUGGGGUCAGAUUCAGGCUGGAGCCACACUAGAUGUUCCCCCUUGCCCCAUAUAGAGACAGAAAACAAGGUAAAGAAGACCGCAACUUAGAGAAGCCGGGAGAGUUCAGUGUGAGAUAGAGAGCAAUGUGGGUUGGGAGAGAACUUUUAGGGACUGUUUUUGUCAGAUGGAGAAGAAAACCUAAGAACUAGCUUAAGUUAUUGAUUUUGGUUUUGAGGAUUUUUGACUGAUUUGAGAUUUGAUUUUAACAUGGGAAUGCCCUACUUGUUUUCACAUA